AUGAAGCUAUUUUAUAUUCUACCAGUGAUAUAUUUAUUAAAAAUCCAAUUGAUUAUUAAUGCAAAUCCGAUUCGUGCAACUAAAUCAAAAAAUACUCAAGAAAUCCAUUGUCCUCAAAAGAAAACUGAUUCUGAUAUUAUUAAAUUAUUUCCAUUUUUUGUUGAAUCUAAUCCAAUGUUACCGAAACCUUCAAUGACAUAUGGAUUAAUGACGAAUGGUAAAAUUAAUUCUAUAGAAAUUAUUAAUCAAAAAACCUGCAUUCCAUCGAUUAUUUUUUGUUUAAAAAAUUUAGAAAAAUUAAUUAUUAAUAAUUCAUAUUUUUGUGAUUCGACAAAACAAAUCAAUGGUAAGAUGGAAUAUUUACCAGAACAAAUUAUUAAAUUACAAAAACUCAAAACAUUAAAAAUAUCUCAUGUUAAUCUUACAUUUCUUCCUAAUAUAAUAGGAAAUCUAAUCUCUUUAACAGAUUUAACAUUAUCCAAUACUAAUUUAGAAUAUUUACCAGAAACUAUGUCAUAUCUGAAAUCAUUAGUAGAAAUAACAUUAAUAGAUAAUCCGCAUCUUCGCUCUAUAAAACCAACUGAUGGCUUACCUGCUCUUCAAAUCUUAAUUGCAAGACAUUGUUCCAUUCAAAAUCUUCCUCGUUAUUUGCCCAAAUUAAAGGAUUUAUUUAUGUCUUACAAUAAUCUAACAAGUCUUUCUGGUAUUGAAACAUUAAGCAAUAAAGAAAAUAAAAAGCAAAAUUUUGAAUUCAAUAACAAUCGUAUUACAGCAAUCACACCAGAAAUUCGGCAUGUUCAUACUCUAUCUCGACUCCAUCUUGCUCAAAAUCGAUUAGAUAAUCUCCCUACAGAUAUGUUUGAUAUGAAGAAUUUAACUUAUUUAAAUUUACAAAAUAAUACCUUUCUUCCAAAUGAAAAACAAUAUCUCAAGGACGAAUUCACAAAAAGAAAUUCAAAGUUAAAGGUGUAUUUUGAUUAG